AUGUCCAAAAAACCAUCAAAUCCGUUAUAUGCCAAUGUUUCUGGAGUAAAGUACAAGAGGGAAGAGCCGACUACACGGAAUCAACCCACCUACUGCAAUACAGUAACAAAUAAAAUGCCACAACCUUCCCAAGGCAUUUAUAGCAAUGUGAACGACCAUGAGAAAUCCAACCACAUGUAUUCGAACAUUGCCAAAACAGGAAGACCGACUUAUGAAAAUACUCAGUAUCCAUUAUAUGACAAUCUAAAACCAUUAGGUGAAGAUAACAUACGCAGCGGUCCACGUCCAGUAAGAUCUAGUUACUCUGAACUUCUAAAGGCAGUUAGUUACAAAGAUGGUGCAAAAUAUUAUGAUAAUUCUUCUUCUCAGGUGAAUAGACAGUAA